AUGUCUGACCCAAGUUCUAUUAACGGUGGUGCUGCAGUGGCAAUGGUUGGUAAAGAUUGUGUGGCAAUUGCCUGCGAUUUACGUCUCGGUAACCAAUCAUUAGGUGUUGCUAAUAAUUUUGAAAAAAUAUUCAACUAUGAUCACACAUUUUUGGCCUUGACUGGGUUAGCCAGUGACGUUACAACGUUGUCUGAAGUUUUCAGAUUGAAGACCAACUUAUACAAGAUGAGAGAAGAAAGAUCGAUCGAGCCAGAAACUUUCGCUAAUUUGGUGUCUUCCACCCUAUACCAAAAGAGAUUCGGUCCUUAUUUCAUCGGACCUUUAGUGGCAGGAAUAAAUUCUUUGACUGGUAAACCUUUUGUAUGCGGGUUCGACUUGAUUGGGUGUAUAGAUUAUGCCAAAGAUUUUGUGGUUUCUGGUACCGCUACAGACCAGUUAUACGGGAUGUGUGAAUCUUUAUACGAGCCUGGCUUGGGCCCUGAUGACCUAUUCGAAACCAUCAGUCAAGCCUUCUUGAGCGCUGUCGAUAGAGAUGCUCUUUCCGGUUGGGGUGCAGUGGUUUAUGUUAUAACAAAAGAUAAAGUUACCAAGAGAUUGCUAAAGACUCGUCAAGAUUAA